CUUGGGAAGCUCAAUCUCAGGAAGCUGCACUGUUGCAGAGGUCCAUUAACUCUUUCAGGACAGUGUGGAAUCAGUGGGGAAAUCUCUAAUUGCUACUGACACAGAGCUUUUAGGGACCUGGCCUUUGCUGCUACAGCAAACAUCGUUCACGAUGUCCCACCAAGAGGGCAGCACAGAUGGCUUACCAGACUUAGGGACUGAAAGCCUGUUCAGCAGCCCAGAGGAGCAGCCUGGAGCGGUGGUGGCGACGGAGGCCUCCUCAGACAUUGACAUAGCGACCUCAGAGCUGAGUGUGACGGUGACCGUAGACGGCAGUGAUACCAGGGAUGGUGGAUUCCCCAACGAUGCCAGCACAGAAAAUCGAAGCUCAGACCGAGAAAGUGCAAGUGAAGACAUCGAAUUUGAGGGCAUGGAGGACUUUGAGAAUUUCCUCAUGAGUGGUGAAAGUUUAUUCCAUUACCCUUUAGUGGGAGAGGAGGAGACAGAAAGGGAGGAGGAAGAGGAGAUACAGGAGGAGGGAGAGGAGGAGGAGGAGGAGGAGGAGGAAGAAGAACAGCCUCGGGCGGGUCCACAAUGCAGUGGCGGCAACCAUGAUCAGUGUUUGUUAGAGGAGGAUCGGGCGCUGGAGGAGUGGGUUUCCUCAGAGACAUCUGCCCUGCCCCGACCUCGCUGGCAGGUCGUUACUGCUCUUCACCAGCGGCAGCUGGGUUCACGUCCCCGCUUUGUAUAUGAGGCCUGUGGGGCAAGAGCCUUUGUGCAGCGUUUCCGCCUGCAAUAUCGUCUUGCAGACCAUGUCGGUUGUGUCAAUACUGUACACUUUAACCAGCGUGGCACCCGGCUGGCCAGUAGUGGUGAUGACCUAAAGGUGAUAGUGUGGGACUGGGUGCAGCAGAGGCCAGUACUGAACUUUGAAAGUGGUCACACAAAUAAUGUCUUCCAGGCCAAGUUCCUUCCUAACUGUGAUGAUUCCACUCUGGCCAUGUGUGCCCGUGAUGGGCAGGUACGGGUAGCAGAACUAAUUAAUGCAUCAUAUUUCAAGAAUACUAAGUGUGUGGCCCAGCACAGGGGACCUGCCCACAAGUUGGCUCUGGAGCCUGACUCUCCUUAUAGGUUCCUCACUUCAGGUGAAGAUGCUGUUGUCUUCACCAUUGACCUUAGACAAGACCGGCCAGCUUCAAAAGUUGUGGUAACAAGAGAAAAGGAUAAGAAAGUGGGACUGUAUACAAUUACUGUGAAUCCCGCCAAUACCUACCAAUUUGCAGUGGGCGGACAAGAUCAGUUUGUAAGGAUUUAUGACCAGAGGAGAAUUGAUAAGAAAGAAAACAAUGGAGUACUCAAGAAAUUCACUCCUCAUCAUCUGGUUAAUUGUGUUUUCCCAACAAACAUCACCUGUGUUGUGUACAGCCACGAUGGCACAGAGCUGUUAGCCAGCUACAAUGAUGAAGAUAUUUACCUCUUCAACUCCUCUCACAGUGAUGGUGCUCAAUACAGUAAAAGAUUUAAGGGGCACAGAAAUAAUACCACAGUCAAAGGUGUUAAUUUCUAUGGCCCCAGGAGUGAGUUUGUAGUGAGCGGUAGUGAUUGCGGGCACAUCUUCUUCUGGGAGAAAUCAUCCUGCCAGAUCAUCCAGUUCUUAAAGGGGAACAGAGAAGGUACAAUAAACUGUCUUGAACCCCACCCUUACCUACCUGUGUUGGUGUCCAGUGGCCUAGAUCAUGAUGUCAAGAUCUGGACACCCACAGCUAAAGCUGCCACUGAGCUUACUGGGUUAAAGAAGGUGAUUAAGAAGAACAAAUGGGAACGAGAUGAAGAUAGCUUGCACCAUGGCAGUCUGUUUGACCAGUACAUGCUUUGGUUCCUCAUGCGUCACCUGACACAGAGAGGUCGUCACCAGGACUGGAGAAGUGGUGAAGCCGAAUUUCCAGAUGAAGAAUCGGAUGAGUCUUCCAGCACUUCAGAGACAUCCGAGGAGGAGGGCCAAGAGUGAGUGCAGUGCACGCCAUCCUGAAGGCCUCAUACCCAGUCCAGCUAGAUGCCACCUAAGUACACUGGACUUUAAAAUUCAGUUUGACUAAUUUAGAAUUGUCAAUAGAUUAAUAGAUUUGCUUUUUGCCUUCUAUUUUCCACAAAAUAUGCUGAAAACCAUUUCUUCCAUUCCUUCCUCUCUACUUUCCUUUCUUUCUUCCACACAUUCUUUCUCUCAUUCCUUUCCUCUUGGUUUCUUUACGCCUCUUUUGUUACCCCUUAUUCUUACAUGAGUUCAUACGCGACUUAUUUAUGCCUCUUUUCCUUUGUUCCCUUGUAGUUGACCUCUAAAUUUUCUGAAUUUUGCUGAAAAAAUUGAUACCCUUAUUAGAUGAAUCUACUCAAAUCUGACAGUCUGAAAACAGCUACCUUUUUACUUUAUUUCAUCUUUAACAAUUUUUUCUGAAGAUCAAGUUCUUCAGUUGACCUGAAAAUUUCAGAAAUGUGUUUCUUCUUUAGAAGUAAAAUAAGACAAACUAUAGUUUUGUUCUGUCGAUACUGACACUUGGCCGCACACACACAGUCUCAGAAAAGGAGAAGAGGAGAGGUAGUGUGUAGAUUAAUUCCUAACCAGAUAAUUCAUCCCUUUAGAAUAAAUAACAUGAGAUUGCCUACAUUUUCUGAAUCCAUAUAUUAAUAAUUUUGAAAAAUUUGAGUACACUGUAGCUUUUAAGAACUAAAUUAAAUUUGACCACAUGACAUUGUUUACUCUGUGCAUUAAGUUUUCUUGACGUUUUAAGGUUGGGAACUCCCACAGGGUUACCUUCCAGGAAGUCCUCCUGGGACAGCCAGUUCCUAUAAAUGCCAGCUACUGAUAUAAAAAUCUCUCAUAUUUUAAAAUACAUUUUAAUUAACUUUUAAGAACAAGUUGCAAUAAAGAUUGUUUAUACUUACACAUAACCAUUUGGUGUAAUUGGUAGAAAAAUCCUAUUUGACAUCCUCACAUUGCUAAAAUUCUCUCUGCUGUUUAAAUUGCUUUAAAAAUUGUUUUAUGCCUCAUUUAAUAUAAGUUAAAUAAGGGUACUGGAUGUCCAAUUACUGCUCAAUAAAAAUAUUCGUCUUUA